UUCUCGGUUUACGACAGUGUGGGAACGGUGGGCAAGAUGGCGGCGCUGAAGGAGGAGCGGAGCUACGGACUGUCCUGUGGAAGAGUGAGCAACGGCAGUAAUGUCACCGUCUUUCACGUUAAACUCACUGACAGCGCUUUGAGGGCGUUGGAAGGCUUUCAGAGCAGCAAGGUCCUGUCAUUACAGCCAUUGAUACGAUUUAAUGGAAACCAAGGGAAAAUUUCAAUACCACGCUCAGAAACUUCCAGUGAGCAGCAAACGUUUACUUUCGACCUGUCGAAUGUGGGCAGAGAUAACCCCCAGGGCAGCUUCGACUGCAUCCAGCAGUACAUCACCAGUGAAGGGAGCAUUCAGCUGGAUUGUCUGGGCAGCAUCCAGGACAAGAUCACAGUGAGAGCGACCGACGACUCUUACCAGAAGGCUAGAGAAAACAUGGCCCAGGUUGAGGAGGAGACUCGCAGUAGGAGCGCUAUCGUCAUUAAGCCAGGGGGAAGAUAUGUAGGUAAGAAAGUCCAGAUCCGGAAACCGGCGCCUGGUCUUUCAGAUGUGGCUCCCUCACGGAGGACAUCUCGGCCUGUCCUCAUCUCUAGCAGUACGCAAAAAAAAUGCACAACUCAGCACCGGCCUCUCCGUGAGCGCCUCAUACACCUGCUGGCCCUGAAACCUUACAAAAAGCCCGAGCUGAUAUUAAGGUUGCAGAAGGACGGCCUUUCACAGCUGGACAAAGAAGCCCUGGACAGCCACCUGCAACAGGUCGCCAAUCUAAAUGGGAAAGAAAAUACCUUCACAUUGAAGGAUUUCAUGUAUAAGGAAGUCCAGAAAGAUUGGCCGGGGUACACGGAGGGAGACCAGCAGCUUCUCAAGAGAAUUUUGUCCAGAAAACAGGCCCAAAGCAGUUCUGCCCCUGUACCAGAGAGUCCUCCCAAAGAGCUGGGAUCCACUUCUCCAUCUCAGAAACGACCUGCUGCUGACUUCAUCGACCCUCUUGUCAACAAAAAGCCCAGAAUAUCACACCUUGCCAACAAGGCUGCAACAGUCCAAGUGAACGGCAAGCUUAGCUCUUCCUGCAGCAAAGGAGAUUCUGUGGCAGCGCCGUUGUCUACAUCCGAAGGCGGCGUAACAUCCAGCUCACAGCCACUCCCGAUGCUGGACAUCCCUCGUCCUUUCGAGGCUUUAUCAGACGUCAGCAAUGACUCCAGCAACAACGGGCGGGACUGCGACUCUCAGGAAGUGGCGCUGUCCGAGCGGCUCAGUCAGCCGCCGUCGCUUCCGUCUAUGCCGACGGUGGCCUUCGCUCCGAGCAUCGGCACAUCCUCCUCCGGGCACACGGUGCUGGAAGGCCCACGGGACAGUAGCCCUAUGGCAAUUAAUAACAAAACCAAAAAGACGUCAAAAAAGCAUAAAGACAAGGAGAAAAGAAAGGGGAAAGGGAGGGAGAAGGAGAAAAAGGUCUGUCCGGAGCCUUUGUCUGAGCCUAAAGCAGCCUGUGAAAUGAGCCUGAAGAACUCCAAGAACAACAGUAUUGCAUUAAAAAGCACAGAUCUGAAUGGGAUGUGCAAAGCUACCAGUAUUCCUUCAUCAUCACCUGAAGUUGCAGAUUAUUUAUUGAAGUACACGGUGAUCAACUCCCCGGAGCAGCGACAGAAGUAUAAAAAUGAUUUCAACGCUGAGUAUAGUGAGUACCGGGGUCUGCAUGCUCGAAUAGAGGGCAUCACCCGGCAGUUCACUGUGCUCGACAACGAGCUGAAACAGCUUCAACAUGGCACAGACAAGUACAAGUCGAUCCACAAUCAAAUACUUCAAGAGUAUCAUAAAAUCAAAAAGACUAAUCCAAACUAUAGCCAAGAGAAGAACCGCUGUGAAUAUCUACACCACAAGCUGGCUCAUAUAAAGAAACUUAUCGCGGAGUACGAUCAUCAGCAACUUUAAACCUAGAGUCUGUUUUCCUGCUCUGCCUGGAAACCUGGCAGAUGAAAGGACGGCUCUGGAUUCCUCUUCCACUAACAUGAAUUACAUGAAGGGACAAAUCUGGUUCAUUGAGGCUUGGCGGGACACAUGAUCAGUUUAUUUUACAUUUGUUUGGGGGCGUUUUUGCCGUUUAUUUUCUUUCCUUUAAUAAUCUGGUUAGAAUCUAUGAGUGUAGAUAAAGUCGAUCCAGAUAGAUGGCUUCUCAGCAGCCUUCCCCUCCUUCAGAAAGUCUGAGAGUUCAUCCGGAGAUAUUCCAAAACAAUCUGCAUCACAUGCUUUUGAAACUGGAUUAAAUCAACCUCUAAGAUGAAAUUUGCAUUUUCUACACCAAAUGCAUCUAAUUUAUGUUUGAAUAUUUAAAAAGUGAACAGCUCGUGAGUUUUCUCCACAUAAUAUGCUUGCAAAGUUUAAUCUUUUAAGUUAUUUAUUUUUUUUGUCAUUUAUGUCGGGGUGCAAUUUUUUACACUCCUUUUGAAGAAACGAAUCAAUACUAAUGCUGUCUAUUACUUUGUGUCCUCACUUCAUGAAUGUCUACCAGUAUUUUAUAAUUCAGAAGCUGCCUUUCCCUUCUAAUUGUCAGUGUUGGCAAUAACAUCCUGUCUCUUUGUAGAGAUGCAGAAAUUAGUAUUUGAAUCAGAAAGAGAUGCACCGAGUCAAACACUGAUUUCUCGUGUUUGGCUUUGCUAAAAUCAAGGCGAUGUCUUAACGGAGCAGCAGACGUUCUCAGUCACUGUUGGAAUGUAGGUUUUAAUUUUAAAGCGGCGCCCUCCGUGUCUGGUCGAUCUGCGGCACUCCCUUCCAGCAGUGUUUCCUACGAGGCCAUGUGUUUGCUCCUAAUUGGUACUCUUUCAUGCUUUUGUAGCAAAGAAUUCACAGUUGGAUUGAAAGAAGUAAUUUUUUUGAUCAAAUCUCAUAUCUUUUAAAUUUACAUGAUCAUCUUUUGUGUUAAAAGUUGUUUACUGUAUGUAAAAAGAAAAAGAUACACAUAUAUUUUUUUUGCCUGCUGUUUGACCCUCUUUCUGGUCCGAAUCAGAUGACUGUUAAGAAGAAGCCAUUGUUGUUUAUGCUCCCAGUCCUUCAUGUAGAAGGAGCGGAGUGGUUUGCCUUUUCAAAACGUGAUGUCAAUGAACGGUUCCUUCAAAUGUCUCGCCUGAACACGCUCCCUCCUCCGCAGGCAGCAGGGGCGACCCAGCUCUAGUCGCUGAAUGCAUUUCUUAUCUCCAUCUUUUUAUGUGAAUAAUACAAAUCAGCACUUUCUCUCCUGAUCUUGCUGUUACUGGGGUGAGGGGAUUUCUUCGAAAGUCACUUUUUUCUGAAUGCAUGCUUAGUGAAUGUUACGAGCAGCCUUUUAUCUUUACUUUGGGAGGGGGGG